AUGUACAUUUGUGACAUUCCCUCCGUCCUUUGGGAGCCAAGCCGACGAAUGCUCACCUCAGCCAGCUCAGCCCAUGUUGGCGCCAAGCAACUCCCGAGGUCGUUUGGCAGCGCCCUCCUGACGGGACCACCGGGUUACAGAUUUCACAUUGCGGCAAAGCCGAAGGCUGUCAGUUCGCCUCAAUCACGUAACCGCCAUGACGGUUGGCUUGUAGACACAAGCCUUUUUCGUCCCACCUACUCAGAAGAACCACAAUCCUCUGCCCGACCUGUUAACGGCAGAAGCAAUAACAAUUGCCAUCGUCUGACUCACGCAUUGCUGCUGAGGCAUUCUACCGACUGGCCGCAACCUCAGCAAACAGAUUGCCUUGAUACCUCUCGUAUGAAUCGAUAAUCUACUGAUCGGAGCUCAUAUUUUCAUACCCUCCACCUUCCUACCGUUUCACCACAUCGCCUCAUUCAACGGAAAGCCGAUCUGAAAGGUUGUCAUGCCGAUUUCACCCCAAACCGCCAGUUUGCAUAUGAUAGCACAGGUCCUGUCUUGGCAGCAGAAUGCCCUGCUUCUCGCCCAUGA